AGUUGAAUAAAAAGCUUGUAACAAGAUCUUGCUAGAUUUCAAGAAAUUCCUUUUUCCAUUGAAGUUGUGUUUUUUUUGUCAGUCAUUGGAUUCUUGGUUGAUUUUAAGUUUCAGAAUAUGGCUACUGGUGAGGCAAUGUUUAUCAAUGGCCAAAGCACAGUUUCAGUUACAAGGAGGAGUUACCAAGUUGUAAUAGCGGCGACAAGAGACAUGGGUCUUGGUAUGGACAUGAAACUUCCUUGGGAUCUACCUACAGAUUCUCAGUUUUUCCACGAUGUUACAACUAGAACAACCGAUCCCACGAAGAGGAAUGCGACUAUAAUGGGAAGAAAAUCAUGGGAAUCUACUCCUCUCGAGAUUCGUCCCCUUCCUGGUCGGCUCAAUAUUGUCUUGACAAAGUCUAGCUGCCACGACAUUGCCACUGAUGAAAAUGUAUUGGUGUGUAGUAGCAUGGAAUCGGCUCUUGAACUUCUAGCCACCGAGUCCUAUUCCUUGUCCAUUGAGAAGGUCUUUGUCAUAGGAGGCGGCGAGUUGUUAAGGAAUUAUAUGAAUGCACCCAGCUGUGAUGCUACCCACCUAACCGAAAUCGAUAUAAGCGUGCCAUGCGACGCAUUUGCACCGAGGGUGGAUACUUCUCUAUACCAUCCGUGGUACUCAUCAUUUCCAAUUGUGGAAAAUGGAAUUCGGUAUAGCUUCAACACUUAUGUCCGAAGAAAAGAUGACAUUGUUAGAUUUGGUGAGAACAAAAGUGCUGCUGGAUCAGAUUUCAAGGAGUACUCGUUUUUGCCUAAGAUGGUUUUUGAGAGGCAUGAGGAGUUUGGUUACUUGAAUCUUAUUCAAAACAUUAUAUCUAGUGGAGACAUGAAUGACAACAAUACUCUUACCAAAUUUGGCUGUCAGAUGCGAUUCAAUCUGCGCAAGACUUUCCCGCUUCUCACAACCAAGGCAUGUCUUCUUUUAUUCACAUCUCUUAUCAAUUUUGGAGUGAAUGCCACAGAAGAAGAUGGAGACCACCAACACUUGUAUGGACUCCAAUGGAAACAUACUGAUGCUAGUCAGCUCUCUGAUGUUAUAAACAAGAUAAAGAACAAUCCUCAUAAUCAAAGAAUCAUGCUUUCGGCGUGUAAUCCUUCAGCUUUAAAGUUGUCGGUAUCUCCUUGUCAGACGUUCGCAGAGUUCUAUGUGGCAAAUGGUGAACUUUCUUGUCAAAUCUACCAGAGCUCAACCGAAGCGAGUAUCGAGAUUCCUUUCAGUAUCGCUACAUACUCUCUUUUGACAUGCAUCAUCGCUCAUGUUUGCGAUCUUGUUGCUGGUGAUUUCAUCUAUGUGGUUGGACAAGCCCGUAUUAAUAAAGCUCGCGUCAAGGCUAUACAAAAACAGCUUCAAAUCUCCCCAAAACCGUUCCCGAUUCUGAAAAUCAACCCUGAGAAAAAGAAGAUGGAUAACUUUGAGGCCUCUGAUUUGGAACUCCUGGGGAUAUGACCUGCUUCACAAAGACUCUUGUUGAUUCUUCUUUUCAUUACAUUUACAAGAUGAACAAAGUUACAGAAAACUU